AUGUCCGGAACUGGCCCUACACGCACUACACGCCCUGCGGCUGCGCCACAGGGCAACACGAGUACCAACACGAGUUCGAACACAUCACGUCCUGCCGCCUCAAGUCAAACUCAGAACACGAAUAGGGCCUCGACCAGCGCGAACAGAAACGCAGCUUCUAGCGGGACGCCGAGUUCCAACCGGACUGCUAACACCAACCCGCCCCAGAGUCAGACUCCCAACAGAGCGGCGGCUUCUAGCCAAAACGCCAAUGCAAACCGCACUGGCCCGUCCAACUCUACAGGCAACGCUAACCGGGCUGCAACUUCAAACCCCGCCUCUAACGCCAACCGCACUUCAGCUACGAACUCGGCCGCCCCUAACCCGGAUGCGCCGGUUGAUCCCGCCGAGGUGCAGGCGCAGGCACGCAGGGACGCUCUCAUGCAGGAACACUGGCUGAAAUGGGCUUCCUUUGCUGAGGAGGAUCGGUCGUACGUCCUCGCCCUUGACAAGUCCACGCCGGCCGUGAUGAACGAGGUCAAGACGAUCCUCGGCCCGGGUGUCCGCUCCGCUAGCGUGCCCCGGGUGCGGGGGUUCUUCGAGGAUAUCCCCCAGGGCACGAACCUGGGUAAUGUGCAAGUUGCUAUCAUCAGCGCGAGCAGCUACGAGGAGAUCCAGGAGAAGUUUGAUUUUCAGAGCAUCAACGUCAAGGUUGGGGAAGAUAGGCGCACCGCCUUUAUCCCAGUUCCCAUUCCGCCCAACUAG